AUGAUCUACGAUGGUUUCCGCCCAACUGUUCCAGCAAAUGCACCAGAAUUAAUUGAGGAUCUAAUAACUAAAUGUUGGAAUGGCCAACCGGACAAAAGGCCAACAUCUAAAGAUAUAUUUGACACUAUAAAUACGUGGAACAGUAAUACUUUAAGCGAUUUAUCAACAGAAAUAGUUAAACAAAUAA